UGACUUGCGUUAAGCCCCUGAGGCACUUCUGGGUUACUCUCCUGCCCCCCGGUCAGCGUCUGAGUUCCACAAAUAGCCCAGGCAAAACAGGACUCAAAGGGCACAAUUCCCUGCCCGCCCCGUCCCAGCCAUGAAUGGACUACAAAUCCCAGAAGGCAACGCGCACCACGUCCGUCUCACCUGACCCAGCGGUACCGCCAGCGGCACAGCUCGCUCCAUCUCCAGAACUACAAGUCCCACAGUGCUCCGCGUGCGACGCAACUUCACGAGGCCUUACGUGCCUACAGCGGUUCCUCUCCGUGGCGCCCUACUGCCUUCGGCGCGAAGGUGGCUGCUGCGUACCGUCCUGAACCCCAGGAGCCGAGGUGAGCGCCGCGAAGACCCCCGACAUUAAGAAGUGGUGUCCACCGCAGCCCCGCUAAGCCGGAUACCCUCCCCCACCCCGCGGAGCAAGCCUGCCUUCCGCCACGCGCCGCCCUUCUUCCGCGCCCGCGCAGAACCUCGCCGCUGUGCCCGCCUAAAGCCACGCCCAUCCUCGCUGGGCCACGCCCUCAGAGACUCCUCCCCUGUCACCCAGAUCCCACCCGCAGGACCCCAAAACCCAAUGAUCCUUCAGCAGCCCUUGGAGCGAGGCCCCCAGGGUGGGGCCCAGCGCCUCCCGAGGGCCGCCUUGGGGGUGACUCGGGGCCUGGACGCCAGCUCCCCUCUCCGAGGAGCUGUGCCCAUGAGCACCAAGCGGCGCCUGGAGGAGGAGCAGGAGCCUCUGCGCAAGCAGUUUCUGUCUGAGGAGAACAUGGCCACCCACUUCUCUCAACUCAGCCUGCACAAUGACCACCCCUACUGCAGCCCCCCCAUGGCCUUCCCCCAAGCCCUGCCCCCACUCAGAAGCCCUUGCUCUGAGCUGCUUCUCUGGCGCUACCCUGGCAGCCUCAUCCCCGAGGCCCUCCGUCUGCUGAGGCUGGGGGACACCCCCAGUCCCCCCUACCCUGCAACCCCAGCUGGAGACAUAACGGAGCUCUGAGUGCUGGUGGACUGCCCCUCCCACCUUCCUUCUUCCCCACAACAGAAGAGACCAGCGAUUCCUGCAAAGGGACAAGGUUCCUCCCUCUCCUGCAGACCAGGCAUCUGGGCACCAAGACCUUCCCUCAACAGAGGACACUGAGCCCAACGGAGCUCUGGGAUGGGAGGGGUGGGAGCAUGGGAAGGGAGGCAUCCCACCCCCAAGAAGAACUGAAUAAAGAUUGCUGAGCAAAGGAA